AUGAAGGUUGAAGUCAAGCAACGAAGCCUCUCCGUCCAGCGGUUACGCAGUCUUCAGCAGAAGAAGGAAGCGCAGGCGAAGGCAACGCGACGUGACAUCGCCACAUUACUCGAGCGAGGCAAAGUAGAGACCGCAAGAAUCAAGACGGAAGCAGUAAUCAAUGAGGACAUCUACAUGGAACUGCUCGAACUGCUCGAGCUCUACUGCGAGCUCGUGCACGUUCGUUUCGGGAUUUUGGAUCAGAAUACCCGCGAGCCCGACCCGGCAGUUGCGGAAGGCGUUCAUGCCAUAAUAUAUGCCGCGCCAAGAACAGAGCUCAAAGAACUUCACGUCCUCCGCGACUUACUGAUGCACAAAUACGGGCGCGAAUUCUCCGCCGCCGUCAUGGAGAACCGGGAUGGAUGUGUUCCUGAGCGGGUCGUCAAAAAGCUCGAACUCUUCAUGCCCUCCGCCGAAUUGGUGGACAGCUACCUCCACGAGAUCGCAAAGGCGUACGCCGUCGAGUGGGCGCCGCCCCUUUCCGACGACGACCUCGCAGACCUCGACCUCCCGGACGUGCGCACCCGGUCCUCGUCAAGCUCGUCGACGCCGCGUCUGCCGGCCAUCCCGCCCACGGAGGCCGAGGGGCCGGAGAAGCUGAGGAUCGCUAAGGAGAAGGCGAAGGAGGGUGAGAAGAAGGAGGACGCGACGACGAAAGCGAAGCCGCCGGAGACGAAGACAAAGGUUCCGGACGAGGACGACUUCGAAGCGUUGAGCAAGCGCUUCGCGGCCUUGAAGAAGCGAUAG